ACCAACCGUCGGAGCUCGAGGGCUCGAGUGGAACGGCGAAGGCUGACAUUUGCUAGUGGUAUGUGGUUGGUGCGCCAUGUCCUUUCGGAAGGGACUCAGUCGCAGCAGCAACUACGACAACAGCAGUAGCGACACUGAGGACGCCUCCCCGGAGGAUCGGGCACAGACCAGGCGCGACUCCGACAGCUUCUCCGGCAGCGGUGGCGCCAAGCUCAAGCCGUGCCUGGUGAGCAAGCUGGAGGACGAGGACGGAAGGAGUGCAGCAGCGAGAAUCAAAAGCCGACGCGGUCAGCUAUUGUCCUAGCAGCCAGUCGGGAAGUGCUGGCCACGGGGGCAGCUCAUCGGGCAGCGGCUCCAGCUCCACCGAAAGCAGCGGUGUGCCGUUUCGCGUGACCCCGGUCAGGCGUGAUGGCUACGGGCGGCCACGGUGAGUGCGUGCCUGCAGUGGCGGCUGCCAUGUCGGCGCUGUCCACAGGCUCGGACGAGCGGGUCACCCUCAUCGUGGACAACACGCGGUUCGUCGUCGAUCCCGCGCUGUUUGCUCUGCAGCCGGACACCAUGCUGGGACGCAUGUUUGGCUCAUCACUGGAGAACAACAUUACGAGGCCUAAUGAGCGGGGAGAGUACGAGGUGGCUGAAGGCUUGUCUGCCACAGUUUUCAGGGCCAUCCUGGACUACUACAAGACUGGCGUCAUCUACUGUCCUCCAAGUGUCACCGUGCCUGAGCUGCGAGAGGCAUGCGACUACCUUCUCAUCCCGUUUGAUGCCCAAACUGUCAAGUGCCACAACCUCAGGGGCCUUUUACACGAGCUAUCUAAUGAGGGAGCUCGCCAGCAGUUUGAGAAGUUCCUUGAAGAUUUGAUUGUCUGCAGGAUGGUGAUUGCUGCACAGAGAGGUGACCGCGAGUGUCACAUAGUGGUUCUCCUGGAUGAUGACACAGUUGACUGGGAUGAGGAGUACCCGCCGCAGACAGGGGAAGAGCAUUCCCAAAUCAUUCACAGCACAGCUAUGUACCGCUUCUUCAAGUAUAUAGAAAAUCGAGAUGUUGCCAAGCAAGUGCUCAAGGAGCGUGGCCUUAAAAAAAUCAGGCUUGGCAUUGAAGGCUACCCUACGCACAAGGAAAAAGUGAAGCGUCGACCAGGCGGGCGCUCUGAGGUGAUCUACAACUACGUGCAGCGUCCCUUCUUGCGCAUGUCCUGGGAGAAGGAGGAGGCCAAGAGCCGGCACGUCGACUUUCAGUGCGUCAAGAGCAAGUCUGUCACGAAUCUUGCAGCCGCCACUGAUGGGUCUCCUCCGGUGGCCAACUCCGGUGCCAUACACCAAGCGGCUAUCGCUGCUGGAGUCGUAGGUGGUGGUGCAAUCGGCGGUGUGGCAGCCAAUGCGCCCGUAGUCGUGCACGUGCUACAGCAAGAGCUUGGUGCCGUCGGAGGGGUGGAGGAGCCUGUUGUUCAGCCGCAGGAAGAAGUUGUGGUGCUGCCUAAGGAAUCUUAUCCAACGGUGCUCUUUCCGCCUGACGACUUGCCGUAGUGUCGACAGGCCUCGCCAGGAUGAACUUGCAUUUUCACAACGGUGUUGAACCUCAGGUUUUUUAGUGCCAGGACACAGCUUUCGUGUUUGUGUAAAAAAAGUUGGUAUGAGGAUGGUUACAAAUUAGACUCAUCAAGGCCCUGCACUGCAGCACCUCGUUUCGUUGGUUCAUGUUUUUUACUGGCGGACACUGUGUGAGUACUGAGCCUGGAUGAUCAACACUGUGCGAUGCUGCUUCCAUCUUUAUUUUGUCGCAAGCAAUGCACCCAGUUGGUUGUUGAAGUGUUUUAAGCACGACAGAAAGGACAAUGAGCCACGCAGCAUGUCUUGCACUGGUGAGUGCCGUUGGGUUAUCGAUCAGCACAUCCGCCUCAGGCCUGGUCAUUUGUGUGAAAAGAUUUUCGCUGCACAUUAUAGAAGUGACUAUCACAUAAGGGUUCACUUCAAGAGUUAAUUCCUGAUGGUUGCACUACCAUCCCAAAGUUCAGUGAGAGGGAGUCAGCUUUGUGUGAACAUUGGAACAUAUUACCAAUAAUUUGCAUCCAAUUUUGUAUUCCCAUCCAUCAUUCGCAGCUCUUGCGAUGCAAAUCUGAACUUUUGAACACUGGGUGAAAUGCAAGUUGCGAUUUCUACAAAGCUUGAGUCUUGUUCGACGUAUGUAUUUCAUUGAAGAGUACAGUAACCUUUCUAAAGCGAACUGUUUUGAAAAAGUGACAGCUUUUGAAUAAGGACAGACUUUGGUAGUCAUUUAGUGGUCAGCCAAAGCCCACAGCACAAGUUCCUCGUUUUCUCGACACAUUGAAAACACGAACCGCUACACAACAUCGUCGUGAGUGCUUUUCGUGGCAGCUAGACUUCAUUGAAGCGUUUCUGUCAGUUUUGGUGACAACCGAGAAGAAAGCAGCAUUUCUGAGACUGUGGCAGCAGUGCCUCUGAGUGGACUUUCUCAUGUGUUCAUCCCAACGUGCCUCUGUUAACAUUAAAGUAAACAUUGAGCCUUAUUGCAAUGUGUGAUGUACUUUCUUGCUACUGCACCUAGUGGAAAAAGUUUUCUUCCAUCCCAAGCUCGGGCGCAUGCUUUUUCCAACAAUGUUUGCUAAUUAACAGAGCGGUGGUUGCCAUUGUCAGCAGAUUUGAAGAAGUCUUCAGCAAGUUCUCUGUUAGAUAUUAUGGCAAAAUGACUUCUAAGCAUUUACAUAAGGCACCAGAUUGUUUACACCAAUAGAUAUUUUGCUGAAGUUUGUUCUGUUGUAGGUGCAGUUGUGUACUUUGCUGGCAACAGUGUGAAAAGGUGUAAAGCCAAUUUAAUGCAGCAUCAAGUAGCAUAAGAAUGUUACUAGCACUUCAAGGAAAGUUUUCCUGUAUGUUUUAUAUAUGGCCAGAAACUGUUUCAGUUAAUUCCAUGCCUUUUUUGACUACUUCGCAUGCCUACUUCACAUGCCUGUUUGAACAAGUAAGCAUAUGUGACAUCUGUAUUUUACUUAAUUAUGAUGUCCCCAGACUUUUCUUGUAAUGUCACUGUUCAGACUAUUGUAAAUAGAUGUCUUAAAAAUUUGUAACCUAGAGUUGCAUAGGGCAAAUAACCCCACAUUCUAAUUUAUUUGAAAUAAAAUGUCGCUAUGGCAAAGUUGCAUCCAACCAAAGCAUGCCCUCAUGGUAACCCAACAUGGUUACUAAUACUAUUGUUCAUUGCUUAUAUUUGUAAGCAAAAUAUUUUAUUAACUUUUUUUUUUUUCAAUCCAUUCGGUAUUUGCAUUUGUUAUGAGGUUCUUCUGUAAUGAACUGACGAUAUGGCACCAUAAAUUGUACUUUCAAUGGGAAUCCUGCACAAAAAUAUUGAAUUUGUCAUUUGAUUGGUGUUGUUAGUGUACCUAAAUUCCUUUUAAUGGAUCCUCAGACAAUAGUGGUGUUCCUCUAGGUCAACAAGGAGCACCACUUCUUUCUUGUUGCAGGUGUAGUAACCGUUCUUGUCCAGCAUUCAUGCAUCAGUGGCCUUUGUGCUAAAUGACUUUAGUUCUUCGAGUUGUCAGAGUGGUGCGGGGAACACAGCUGUUGUCUGCUGUGCACUUUUCAGUGAGUCGUCAUCGAGGCUAAUGCAAGUGCUGUUUUAUACAACUAGGAUUGGGGAUGUGAUGUUGCUAGUAGACGUAUUAAUUUCUGAAAGGUACAGCGCAGCAAAAGCUAACCCCUCUAAGUCAAUUAGGAACUGCUGAUAGUUUGUUAACUAAUUUAUGAAUGCCUUUACUUCAUCAUUGCUAAGGCUAGCUGAUUUUUCGUUAGCCAUAUUUCGCGAAUCCGUAUGUCACGAGGCAUGAUCGUUAUGCUCUUUCUACUACAAGGAAACGGUAUGCUUGUUUGGAAAAAUUUAGCUCAUUUGAUAGCUGUAUUCUACUUCAACGAUGGGGUCUUUGGGUAUUUUCUGUAAUGGCGCUGUUCUGAUUUUUUAAAACAAAUAUUAACUGUUGAAAUCCUGCACUGAAAUAAUAGUUCUUGAGGACUUUAAAAAAAAAAAGACAGCAUUUCAGAGAUAGAUAUAGGUUUAAGGCGGUGAGUUGUCUAGAAAGAAAUGCUGUGUGGUUAACAUUAGGAAAAGUGCCCCUGUCGAAACGUUUGCUUGGCAAUCUAUGUUUGACAAUGUCUCUGCUCUUCAUAAGCUGCAGGUCGUGCAGCAAGGUGACUUAUGAUUUGCUACUGAAACUUGAAAGUGUGUCUCAGAACAUUUACUGAAAAGCCUAGUUCAUUGCUGCUUUACAAGAUUACAGAUUGUUCUAUCUGUAAUGAAGUUGUCAGAAAUGUAGCACGCUGUUUGACCAAACAUUGGUUUGUAUUCAGCAAACGAUGAACAUCACAGUUAGCUGUAAUGCCACACUUAAAAACGAAUAGAAGGAACCAUGUGCAGAAGCAUUUCUCCACGCCGGAUGGUCCCCACACUGCAUAUAAGGCUGAAUUUUCCAAAUUCUCAUUAAAAAAUAAAAUCUGGGCACUAUGCUGAACGUGACUUCGUUAUGUGCGUUGGGCAAGAGUUCGUAUUGCUGGAAGUCGCAUGCUGGGUUUGUAAGAAGAAAAAGAGGAUGGGUCAGGUUGUGUUCACUUGUCACUAGCACUCGUGCACCAGAGCUUCAAAGCACUUUCAGGUUGCACAAACUGGUCUGUUGGAACUACUCUAAAGAAGCUUUCACAGAUUUGAAUCCAUGUAACUUUUGAUAUGAGAAAUGUGUUUGUGCUCUGUUCUACGUGCAGUCUUCAAUUAUAAGAGGUGUGUUUUAUGUGGAGUGUUUGAUACGGAUAUUGUAUUCUCAUGUGCGCAAUUGCACCAUUUAGCCUGUGCCCAGCAUCAUGAAACGUCCCACAGUUUGUGCUACAGAAACAAUUCUGGAGCUGUAGAUGCAGCUGUAAGGACAUGCGCUAUGCUGUGUGUAUGAGAACAAUGUAGAUAAAAUGAACUAGUUUGGCUUUUUUUUUGUGUGUGUAAGAGUCGCCUGCUUUUUUGCACUGACGAGGUAGUGGCCAUGUCUCACGUGUUAUUAGCGUUCAGAGUGUGUAUACUUAUGUGCGAAUAUUGUUGCAUUUUAUACAGUGUUAAGAAUAACACACAGUGUUCUGUGUUGCGUGUGUUACAUUUGUGUGGGAGUGUUCCACGGCGCGACUUGCUUCCUUUUGUACAGAACCGGACGGUUUUAAUAUAUCUCUACACAUAUCCCAA